GGGUCUCUCUUGCGUUUCCCUUCAAAGCGACUCCCCGGGUUCAGACUCGCGGCCGGAACUCGUGAUGGAGCGGAUGACCAAAGAGUUGCUGCUGAAGCUCAUGGACGAGUCCAUCACCGAGUACUCCAGUGCGGCUUUCCAGGAGGAGCUGCAUGUAGCCUGGCAGGGAAACGCGCUGCAGAAGCAGGCAGCACGCCGAGAAGUGCUGCUGAAGUACAUGAGCCCCCUGGUCACCAGGUACGGCUUCGCCGGUACCUGGGAGGGUGUGGUGGAAAGCCAGCAGAGCGCUGGGCCCUGGGCGAUGGAUCCUGAGGUUCAAGCCAAGUUCGCCUUGCAGAAGUGGCUGCUGGACCCCGGGCAGCAGGCCAAGUGUCCCCUCCUGGAGAAGGGCCGCGAUCUGGCCAGCGCGGUGAGGCAGUUGUGCAAGGACAUCGAGCAGCCGCUGGGCCGCAGCUCCCACGCGGCGCCGCUGCCGAGCCUCGGCGAUGCGGCCGCGGAGGCGCCGAAACUGGCGCCGCUGCGCCUGCCGUGGGCGGGGAAGGAGGAGGUGGUAGUGCUGCGGAACGUGCUGAGUGUGGAGGAGGUGGCCAAGUUGCGCAGUUGGGGGGAGUCGCGUACCGAUUGGAAGUCGGCCAACGGCCACCUCAUCAGCCAGUUUCGGGACCCCAUCCUCGCGGAGAAGCUUUGGCGCCGGGUAUCACACCUGAUGCCCGGCCUGGAGAACCGCAAAGCUGCCGGCUUGAACGAGCACCUGCGGUUCCUGCGCUAUGGCAAGGGCCACUUCUUCGCACCGCACCAAGACGGGGAGAACCGCACGGCGCUGGGUUUCUCGGUGUACUCGGCGCUUCUGUACCUCUCAGAGGCGGAGAGCGGCCCAAAAGGCGGCACCACGCGGUUCCUGGCGCCCCAGUGCCCCCAGGUGGCGCAAACGGGGCGCUGCGACUGGUCCUGCGACUUGUGUUUGGACGCGGUGUGCUCUCGCGGGGACCUGCUGAUCUUCAAGCAGACGCUGCUGCAUGCGGGCACCGAGCCGUUGGGCAAGGAGAAGUUUGUCAUGAGGACAGACGUGAUGUACCCCAAGGGCUGAAUCUCUGGCGGGCCCAAAGGCCACAACCUCCGGUUGCAUGAGGGAAUUGCAGUGACUGGUACAUGUGAAAAGCAGUCGUUCUCGGAAGAGUAGCGGGGCCUAGGGAUCUGAUGAUGGGCACUUGCGAUGGUCCGAGAUGUAUUUGCUCCCUGCUCUUGUUAUUCAUCGUCAUGGUAUCGUUUGGGACGAACCUCGUGCAGAACUUGCCCGAGUUGUCUUUCGUGUCCACCAAUCUUGGCAAUGGCUCCUGGCCUCAGGGCUACGCGUGCGCCUUCGCCCCAUUGGAGACAUUCCAGCUGUGCUCCUCGGAAUCCCCAUGUCCCGGCUCUUUGUGCGCAACAAGUCCGGCAAGGUGCCAAGCAAACAUUGCCUGAAGAUGGGCACCUCACCAGUUAGUUCAGCCACGAGGGAGGUGCAGGGACGCCUCGGCCCCAUUCGGCUGCCCCCCCUACCUGGGGCUAUGUGUUCUUCCUUGGCGCUUUGUCGUCUCCAGUGGCCUCCGUCAGCUUCGAUCGCCCAGACAAUGCCAGUCAGGAAGCAACUGUGACGGCGCUGGGCUGGACCUGGUGCAUCAACUGCACGCUGGGCUCACACCAAGAAGAUCCCUCAGCAUGGCC